GCUCCCGCACCCACAGGGCAUGAGUCCCACCUGCGGCCCGUCCCAGACCGCCAGCUGAGCGCACCUGCAGCCGCAGCGGCCGACUUGAAUCAUGCAGAACUCAUCGUGGCGAGGCGGCACCCCCGCGGCGGGAGGCACCAUGCCGAACCACAACGCCAAGUUCCGGUCCGCCAGAAGUAUGCCGGCGUGGUAUCACCAGCAGCAGCAACAGCAGGCUCGGAUGGCCGUUUCCCGGCCCGAGCCGCCGCCGCCGCCGCCGCCGCCGCCCUCGGAGCCGCCGCCGGACCCGGACUACGAGGUCAUCGAGUUCCCCUCGCAGCAGUACAUGAACGCGGCUCCGCCCGCCAAGACCAACGGGGCCGCCGGUGAGUGCUGCGCGGUGCUGCGCCGCUCGUCCAAGACAAUGUCUAUCUCUCUCCAGCCGGCUGACGAUGCCCGGCCGCCGUGCGCGCCCGCCGAGCGGGUCUGCCUACCCGGCCAGGCGCUCGCCUGCUCCUGCUCCGGAACGGUGAGGGGGUGCGGCCGGCGGUCGGCGGCCGGCACCCGCUCCCCGUUGACCUUCUGUUCGGUUCUCGCCGUCUGCUCGCUUCCUUCCGGUGCCAUUGCAAAAACAAACUAGCGCCUUGACGCACGG